AUGGCUUCUGAAGAGCAUUUUCUUCUAGACUUGAAAGUGGAUAACUUUAUUCUUUGCAACAUCUCCAUCAAUCAAAGUGCAAAUCUUUCCAUCCCGAGUGAUGAUUGGUUCUACCCAGGUUUCCUGUAUGCCAUUCCAACUAUUUAUGGAAUCAUCAUUUUGAUAGGACUUAUUGGCAAUAUCACUUUGAUUAAGAUCUUUUGUACUGUGAAGUCCAUGAGAAAUGUUCCUAAUUUGUUCAUCUCCAGUCUGGCUUUAGGAGAUCUACUCCUCUUAGUGACCUGUGUCCCUGUGGAUGCCAGCAGGUACCUAGCUGACGAAUGGCUCUUUGGUCGAGUUGGAUGUAAACUUAUUCCCUUUAUACAACUCACUUCAGUGGGGGUGUCAGUCUUCACACUUACAGCUCUCUCAGCAGACAGGUAUAAAGCGAUAGUGAGGCCAAUGGAUAUCCAAGCCCCCCAUGCGCUGAUGAAGAUUUGUAUGAAAGCUGCUAUGAUCUGGAUUUUAUCCAUGCUGCUUGCCAUUCCUGAAGUUGUGUUUUCUGACUUGCACCCUUUCUAUGACAGAGACACUAACAGAACAUUCAUCAGCUGUGCCCCUUACCCACAUUCUGAUGGGCUACAUCCAAAAAUUCAUUCAAUGGCAUCAUUUCUGAUCUUUUACAUCAUUCCUCUAUCGGUCAUUUCAGUGUAUUACUAUUUCAUUGCUAAAAAUUUGAUCCGGAGUGCUUACAACAUACCUGUGGAAGGAAACAUACAUGUUCAGAAACAGAUCGAUUCACGGAAGCGUCUGGCCAAGACGGUGCUGGUGUUUGUGUGCCUCUUUGCUUUCUGCUGGCUUCCUAAUCACAUCAUCUAUUUAUACCGGUCCUACCAUUAUUCAGAGGUAGACACCUCAGUGUUGCACUUCAUCACCAGCAUCUGUGCCCGAAUCCUGGCCUUUGCUAACUCUUGCGUAAACCCUUUCGCACUCUACUUGCUCAGCAAAAGUUUUAGGAAACAGUUCAACAAUCAGCUGUUGUGCUGCAGAACCCGUCUCCUCAUCAGGUCCCAAAGCAUGGGCAGAAGCACCACCCGAAUGACCUCCCUCAAGAGCACCAACCAUUCAGUGGCCACGUUCAGCCUCAUCAACGGCAACCACAUCUGUAAUGAAGGCUGUGUAUAGGGUACAUGGCAGGGGUCAGCUUUGGAAACUGUUGCGCAGUGUAGUUAGCAUGGCUGCCUGCUCUGCUUUGCAGGGAUAAUGAGUAGCAUACGUGCAUAGAGAAAUCAACUGCAUACAAGAACUUCCAGGUACUUAGGGCCUGACACUGUCAUAGUGAACGCCUCAUGAGAUGUGCUGAACGCCUUUAUUGCCCACCGAUUUAAUGAGAGUUGAGUGCACUCAGACCCUAUAAGACCAGGCCUUCAUUGGCUUGGAGUCAAAUCUUGAGGUCCAUAGUUUUGCCUCAGUUCUGACUCAGGCAGACUCCA